AUGCUUCUGUACUCGUAUAAAUGUAAAAUUUUUAUCUUCCUCCUACUAACAACUUUAUUGGUUAUCUUCUUGACUGUAUACACAUGUACUGGACUGUCUUGCUUUGGUGUUUCUAGAAAUCCACAAUUUUCAGCUCAGAUUGUACCUUCAAAGAACAAAUUAUUUGGAUACAAAUUUAAUGCAAGUGUUUUAAAUAGAAUACACAAAUUAGAUUUGGAAGGGAGUGAUAUUGUUGUCUAUCUUCAUAUUCAAAAGACAGGAGGAGCAAGUUUUGGGCGGCAUUUAGUACAUAAUCUUGAUAUUGAGCCACCAUGUCAAUGUUUACCAAAAAGGAAGAAGUGUGAUUGUUUAACUAAAAAUGGAAAAAUGUGGCUUCUUAGUCGUCACUCUACUGGCUGGGCUUGUGGUUUACAUGCUGACUGGACAGAGUUAAAUGACUGUGUGGAUGAAUGGUUUAAAAAAAAUGAGAUGCCACCCAGAAGUGAAAGAAGGUAUCAUUACAUAACAUUUCUUAGAAAUCCUGUGGACCGAUUUCUUAGCGAAUGGCAGCAUGUUAAGAGAGGGGCAACAUGGAAAGCUGUAAGACUUCAUUGUAAUGGGAGAGAUGCUACUUUGGAUGAAGUCCCAUUUUGCUUUCGAGGCUCAGACUGGUCAGGAGUGUCAUUUGAUGAGUUUUUGUCUUGCAAGCACAAUCUUGCAUUUAAUCGGAUGACUCGUAUGUUGGCUAACUUGUCUAAAGUCAAUUGCUAUAAAAGAACAGGAAUGAGUGAACACCUUGUGGGAGAAACUCUCCUUAACAGUGCAAAGGAAAAUUUGAUCAAUUUAGCAUUCUUUGGUUUGGUAGAAGAACAAGAAAAGACACAAUUUCUGUUUGAAAGAUCAUUUGGGAUUAUGUUCAUAGACAAUUUAAAGCAAAAGUUAGGCACACACAUAUCUCAGAUAAAAAUUGAUACUGAGAUGAAAAAUAAAGUUAUUGCUUCUAACCAACUAGACAUGUCUUUGUACCAUUUUGCUAAGGAUUUAUUUUUUCAAAGAGUUGAGGAUUUAGAAAAAAAGUUGGGAUAUACAGUUCAGGAGUAUUUCGCACACAUCAGAGAUUCAGAUAACAACAACGCAGAAAUAAAUAGCCAGGAAGAGGAGUAUGAAGAUGAAAAUGAAGAUACUGAAGAUGAUGAAGAAAAUCAUACGUAUUAUCCAAGUAAAAGUACAUUUAUUAGUUCAAGGUUGCGUGAAUAUCAAGAUCACAGAUGACAAAUGACACUAAUUUUUGUAAUAUAACUUACUGCAUUUUUUAUCUAAAUUAUGAAAGUUCAGCAAAAAGGUCUAUUGAUAUUGAUUUUGAGAAAUUCACUAUUUAUCAUUUAUAAUAUAACCUUGAUGGCUUUGUUUUUACUUCAACAAUAUAAUUAUAUUACUAAAUUAUGAGGCUAUAAAUAAACUGAAAGCUUUCAGGCUGCAAGAUAAAACAGAUCUGUUAACAUCUGAUGUCACUAUAAUUCUGUUUAAUUUGUUAUUGUUAGGUGAUAAUACAGCAGGGCUUGGGUUGUGAUAAAACAAUAUUUUUUUUAAAAUCAACUCUGAUUACAAGUUACAAUUCACUUUUGCACAGCUUGCCUAACACCAACACUUAAAUACUACUAGUGACUGCCUGCUAAAGGUUAGCAUAAAAAUGCCAAUUAUUUUUUAAUAAAUGCUUGAUCAAGCAGCUUUUUAUUUUGCUGUUAUAUGAGCGUUAAUGUUUAAUGAUCACUUUGUUUAGUCUAUACUUACACAAGCUACGGGUUAUUUAAUAAGAUGGGAGACUCUAUUUAUAUGGUGUUUACCUAAUUUUGAAAGUGUGAGUCAACCUUCCUCACAUUACAGGAAAAACUAAUAAGCAAAACACUAAACAAAAACUCUUUAAAAUUACAGCAUGUAAAAGAUCUAACUCCUCACAUUUUCCCAAUGCCUCUUUAAAAGCUGUCUGUGACCCCACUAUAUCUAUUUUAUUUGCUAUGUGAAACUGUUGAUGUUAAUUUAAAAAAUGCUGUGAAAUUUUUUUUAUCUUAAAAAAAUGCACACAUUUAAACUUAAAGAAAAUUCUCCAUGUGAGCACUACAGAAAUGUUUGUGAAAGACCCUCAUCAUUGUGUUUUGUUUUCACAGGUCAGCAUUUAACUCAUUCAUUAAAUAUAAAAUAGGCACUCGUACUGGUAGUCAAAAUACAAAUGAAAUUAGUUUGUUUUAUUCCCGAUUUGGUGUGUGUUUUUUCAAAUUUUUACUGUGCAAUGUAAAAUACCCUGAAAAGUCGUUUUUAAUCAGUAAUAGCAUUCUUGACUUUGAUAAUAAUUUUUAAAAUUUAAUAAUAUGCUUAUCAAUUAAUUAAAAGCUUUUUUUUAGCUGUACAUAAUUUUUUGUGACAAAAUAUUUCUAGUCAUCAUUGUACAAUCAUUUAUUUUUCUUAUACUUAUAAAUAAAUCACUAUAUUCUUUUUAAAAAAAAAUACUAAUAAUAAGUAAAGAUUCCUCUUUAGACAUAGUUAUUCAUCGUGCAGAUGAAGUAGAGUUCAAAUGUUUCUUGAGCUCGGCAUAUGAAAGGUGGGUGUAGUCAGCACUAUGCCCAGCCACCAUUACUUUCCUCAAUGUAAGUACUAAUCUCUGCUGGGUGGACAUCCUACAGUCACAAGUCCGAACCAUGAUCCGAACUUGAGACCUUUGUGCCAGCAUCCAAACACUACCAUUUGAAUAAGCCAUCCCAAAAAUACAUAUACUACUUUACUACUUCAGUAACUUUAGAAAUCUUUUCAAUACAUCCUGCUACCAACACUUUCAUUUUUGCUAAAAAUAUAGCUUAACUUAAGAAAACUAAUUUUGUGUUUAUUUUUAAUUGCAUUCAAAAGCUUGUCUGAUAAAAGUUUUUAUCCUUUUAAUUUCUAUGUUUUAGUAUUUAUUGUAAAGCAAUAACUGAUAUAAAAUAUAACUAAGAAAAAGUUUUAAUCUUUUUUUACAAUUACUAAUAUAAUUAUUCUUUGCUUCAACACCCGUCAUGACUAAAUUUAUAUUAUACUAGCCGUCCCGGCCAGGCCCUGCUCUGGCUUCUGUGAAAAACCUUUCUGUUAAAGACCAUUACCUGUGUGUUUAGUAAUCAUCAUAAACCAGGCAUUACCCACCCAAACCACAACCAACCAAAACCAAAACAACAAAACGCAAAAAUAACGCCAACACAAUUACAAAUACAAACGAAAACAAAAAUCUAACAACAAACCCAACCACAAACACCAAUACAAACACAAAGAAAAAACAAACAAAAAAAGCAAACAAAAACCUAACAACAACCACAAACACCAAUAAGAACACAAAGAAAAAAACAAACGAAAAAGCAAACGAAAAUAAACCAAAUCCAAACGCAAAACCAACCACAAACACAAACCCAAAGAAAAAAACACAAACGAAAAAGCAAACGAAAACAAACCAAAUCCAAACACAAAAUUAACCACAAAUACAAACCCAAAGAAAAAACACGAAAACGAAAAAAGAAACAACAAAAACGAACCAUAUCAAAACGCAACCACUAACGCAAACCCAACCUAAACACAAAGAAAACACAAACGCGAACAUAAACGCAAAGUGCUUAGUCUAGCCCGGGGCAGAAUCGCCUGUUUCAGCUUAAUAAACGACUAUAGUACCCCAACUUAUUCAUAGUCUUUUGCACUCACUUAAACGAAUGUAGGUGCCAAACCAAACCAAAUAAACAAUUGCGAACAUAAACGCAAAGUGCUUAGUCUAGCCCGGGGCAGAAUCGCCUGUUUCAGCUUAAUAAACGACUAUAGUACCCCAACUUAUUCAUAGUCUUUUGCACUCACUUAAACGAACGUAGGUGCCAAACCAAACCAAAUAAACAAUUAUAAUACUCCAAGCUUAUCCGUAAAAUACCUACAACAUUUGCACUUGAUCAAUCCCCGCUAAUUAUGCAAUUAUUUUUUUCCCAACACCAAAACAAAGUAAUAAAAAGUAAAUUCUUUUCCACUAAUGCAAUGUUUUAUAAAGGUAAGUAAUUGUGUUUUCCUAAUUUAUCAAAGGGAAGUAAGUGCUAAAGGACUAAAUAUAAAUAAUUUCCAGAAAUAAUU